AUGUCCACCGCGACUCGCUCAUACCGCCGACGACGCUAUGUCAACAGCGACCCGGGGGCGGCAGACACCUUCAUUCAGCUCAGUAACGCGUACGAGGUGCUGGUGGACGAGGAGCAACGGGCGCUGUACGACCGGUUUGGGGCGGCAGCGCUGAGCCGCGACUUUAUGGCGGGCAGAGAGGGCAGCGCACAGCGCAAGGGAGCGGCGUGGGAGGCGUUUGACACGUGGGACGAGUUCCAGCCGUUCCAGCGCAAGACGCGCAAGGGCGACGCGAGGCAGGCAGCAGCAACCAGGUGGUCGUCAGACAGCGAGAGUGAGGGCGAGGGGGAGGGCCAAGGAGCGGGGGCAGCAGGGGCAGGGGUGGUGGAGGCGGUGACAGGCGAUGUGGUGGAGUACCCACUCUCUGCUGCUGUCAGGGACAGAUUCGAUGACGGCCGCACCAAAGGCGUUGGCUUCGUGGUUGGCCGCAAUAAAGAACCCCCCAAUCCGCCACUACCACCUCCCCUUGUCCCUCCAACAGACCGUGGCGAUCGCCACAAGCUCCCACCCGAGAACCUGGGGCUGGUGGAGAUAGAGCCGCUAUUCCAGGAGGCAGGCGAGGAUGUGUGGCAGACAGACGCCCUCGAGAGUGCCGCCUUCGCCUCUCUGCCCGACCUCAGAGUGCUGCGCACU